AUGAACCUUCUCUUCAACAGAGCCACAGGAAACCUAGUGGGUGUAGUCGAUUGGGUAGAUGCCUCAAUCAGGCCAUUCGGCAAAGGUCUCUGGGGCGUCGAGUCUGUACUGGGCUCCUGGGGACCCAAGGGAUAUACGUGGCACGACGACGACUCUCUUACAUACAGAAAGCUAUUUUCUAUGGCUUUACAAGAGCAAUUAAGUCUACCUGCUGACCAACUUUCCACGAUUGAGAAGGCCAGGAAACUUGGUUUACUGUUGCGCUAUGGGUAUGAGUGGCAAGAUGGUGGUUUCGUACUCAAAGGGGACACAACUGAUCUGGAAAUGUUCUUGGAUCGUAAGUAUCGAUGGUUUACCCUUGCUCUAGCUGGUACUGACAGCACAGGUGCUAUAUUCUAG